AUGAGUGUACGAUCCUCUUCGAGAGGAUUCAGAUUUCUCCGACAUUUUCAAACUCCAGCCAGAACCCAUUAUUCCUGCCAAUCGGAAGCUGUAGCCCUUGAUACUGAAGUACUUACAACGAAGAGAGAUGCCUUGGAAAUUUCCAAUUCAGACAAUGCACACAAUUUGUUCGAGAGAAGUCCCCAGAAGGAUACUUCGCAUUAUAACCAUUUGCUGUUUGAGUACUCUCGCAACGACUGUAACUUAGAAGCGUUAAAUCAUUUCAAGUACAUGCAUCAAACGGGUGUUUGGAUGGACGGGUCGAGCUUUUCUUCUGUGUUAAAGGUCUGUGGGUGCUUGUUUGAUGUAUUAGCGGGACGGCAAGUGCAUUGCCAAUGCUUUAAAUCUGGGUUCUUUUCCGAUGUUAGUGUUGGCACUUCACUUGUUGAUAUGUACAUGAAGACGGAGAACAUUUAUGACGGGGAGCGUGUGUUUCAUGAGAUGGGAGAGAAGAAUAUUGUUUCAUGGACUUCUUUGCUCACUGGUUUCGCCAGUAAUAAGCUGAUUGAUAGAGCCAUAGAGGUUUUCAGGAAGAUGUGGAUGGAUGGAAUCAAACCCAAUCCUUGUACUUUCUCCGCCAUUCUAGGAGCUCUAGCUGAAGAUGGUGCUAUUGAGAAGGGAGCUCAGAUUCAUGCGGUGAUUGUUAAGAAAGGGUUCGCGUCUACUAUUUUUGUAGCAAAUGCAUUGAUUAAUAUGUAUUCGAAAUCCCGAAUGGCCAGAGAAGCUAGCCGCAUUUUUAAUGGUUUGAAGAACCGCAAUACUGUUUCUUGGAACGGGAUGAUUGCUGGUCUUGUGACAAAUGGGCAUGAUUUGGAAGCUCUUGAUAUGUUUUAUCAAAUGAGGCUUUCUGGGGUGAAGCUUACUCAAAUGAGUUUUUUGACAGUCAUAAAGUUAUGUGCAAACCUGAAAGCAUUGACCCUGGCAAGACAGCUUCAUGCACGGGCUGUUCGCCAUGGAUUUGACUUUGACCAUAACAUAAGGACAGCUCUUAUGGUCUCGUACACAAAGUGCAGUCAAAUGGAUGAUGCCUUUCAAAUAUUCAGCCCUAUGCAUCAAAGCCAGAAUGUAGUAUCUUGGACCGCAAUGAUUAGUGGCUUCUUGCAGAAUGGAGGGAAGGAUCAAGCUGUGGCACUUUUUAGCCAAAUGAGAAGGAAAAGUAUUUCACCCAACCAUUUCACUUAUUCUACCAUCCUGUCUGCACAUCCUAAAAUUUCUCCAUAUCAAAUACAUGCAGAAGUCAUCAAAACCAACUACGAGACCUCACCAACAGUAGGAACUGCAUUAUUAGAUGCUUAUGUUAAAACAGCAAGCAUUAAAGAGGCUGCAAAAGUAUUUGAAAUGAUUGAAGAGAAAGACAUUGUUGCAUGGUCUGCCAUGUUGGCUGGUUAUGCUCAAGCAGAAAACAUUGAGGGUGCUGUUAAUGUUUUCCAGCAAUUAGCAAGAGAAGGGGUUCGACCAAAUGAAUACACAUUUUCAAGUGUGAUCGAUGCAUGUAAUGCACCGACAGCAACAGCUGAGCAAGGGAAACAGUUUCAUGCGAGUUCUAUAAAAACAGGAUACAGUAAUGCUUUAUGUGUCAGUAGUGCUCUAGUGACAAUGUAUGCGAAAAGAGGAAAUAUAGAGAGUGCAGAUGCGGUGUUUAAGAGACAACAAGUGAGGGAUUUAGUGUCAUGGAAUUCGAUGAUUACUGGAUAUGCUCAGCAUGGUUAUGGGAAGAAAGCUCUUAUGGUAUUUGAGGAAAUGAGGAUGAAAAAUAUGGCAAUGGAUAGUGUAACAUUUAUCGGCAUUAUUUCUGCCUGUACUCAUGUAGGACUGGUGAAAGAAGGUGAAAGAUAUUUUGACAUGAUGAUUAAUGAUCUUCAGAUUUUACCGACAAUGGAGAUCUAUUCCUGCAUGGUUGACUUGUACAGUCGGGCUGGAAUGUUAGAAAAAGCUGUGGAUCUUAUUAAUGCGAUGCCCUUCCCUGCUGGUGGAACUGUGUGGCGUACACUUUUGGCUGCAUGUCGAGUUCAUCGAAAUAUAGAGAUGGGGAAAUUUGCAGCGAGAAAACUCAUUUCUCUUGAACCACAAGACUCUUCGGGUUAUGUCCUGCUAUCAAACCUAUAUGCUUCUACUAAAAAUUGGAAGGAGAGAGCAAAAAUAAGGAAGUUAAUGGAUGUGAGAAAAGUUAAAAAGGAAACUGGUUUUAGCUGGAUCGAGUUUAAGAACAAGACAUACUCGUUCAUGGCUGGAGAUGUAUCACAUCCCAUGUCAGACCAGAUUUAUAUGAAACUAGAUGAGGUAAGUAUUUGGUUGAAGGAGAAAGGGUACCAACCAGAUACUAAUUCUGUUCUUCAUGAUGUCGAGGAUGAACACAAAGAGACCAUCCUUUCACAACAUAGUGAAAGGUUGGCCAUCGCUUUUGGAUUGAUUGUCAUGCCACCAGGCAGUACAAUCCAGAUCUUUAAAAAUCUUAGAGUCUGUGGUGACUGCCAUAAUGUGAUUAAGUUGAUAUCAGAGAUUGAGUGUAGAGAAAUCAUUGUCAGGGAUUCAACUAGAUUUCACCACUUCAAAGGAGGAUUAUGCUCCUGUGGUGAGUUUUGGUGA